ACGGGACGUCAGGUCGGACGGCGUCAUCGGGAAGCGCCGGGCUGUAGUGGUGAGGAGAGUGUGGUUAGAAUUGGAGAAGCAGGUCUACUGUGAAUAUGAAUGAAUGGAUUACACAAAAACCUUUGGAAUGGGAAAAAUAUCUGAACAAAGAAGUAAAAGUCACUGCAGAUGAAAAAAAUACAUACCAAGGUUGGGUCUUUACUGUUGACCCUGUAUCAGGAAGCAUUGUUCUGGUCAACUUCGUGGAUACAGGGAAGGUAUCUGUUGUGACUAUUAUGGGCCAUGCAGUUCAGACAGUGGAACUGAUGAGUGAAGGAGAAAACAUCACAAAGGAGAAGCUAUCUGCCUUAUUUAUGCCUGUGGCUGCCAGGAUUUAUAGCAACGAGGAGCUUGAACAAAGAAAGUCUAGCCUUAAAUCUUGGCUCGAAAAGAAUCGGAUUCCUGUUACAGAGCAGGGGGACCAAAACAAGUUGCUAUGCGUGGCUGGGGUAUUGACAGUAUCUCCACCAUACAAUCCAGAAGACUGUAAUAGCUCCAAUGAAAUUAUCCUAUCCAGAGUUCAAAGCCUCAUCAAAUGUAACCCAAAUGCUGAUCAGAAAACUGAUUGAUUGAAAGGGAAGUUAUUAAAUAUAUGUUUCUUCUUGUGUAUAUAUGGCAUCUGUUCUUCAACACCUUUGUUAAAACAUUAGAUGUACUUCUAUUAUAGAUCCCUAGCCUGAUGAUGAUUUGGUGAUGUCUCUUUUUGCUGGUCUGUAGAAUAAAACUAGCUAAUCUUAUCCAAA